AUGACAUCGACGUUGAUGAACAAACCCAUGGCAACUUUCAAGAAGAAGAAGAAGCCGGAAGAUCAGCCACAACCGAAACCAAUAUUCUUUGGUAAAGGGAAGGACAUGGAGACAGUCCUCUGGCUAAGUAGUCCUCCGCCCAUGAUCAUCAUCAUCAACAAAACCCUAAUAGGGAGCGCACCACGCAUGUCCAUCAUCAGCAAGAUUGGAAUGAUGAAGAAAAGAUGGAGUGUAGUAACCAAAAGCUUCAUCAAGAGCUUAUCAAGAAGAUCAAACAAGAGAAGGAAACUUCAAGUUCUUGUCAAAAACUUGCCUAAGCCUAAGCCGCAUGAGCCGGAACCAUUCUUUGGUAAAGGGAAGGACUUGGAAAUAGUCCUCAAGCUAACUUCCGAUUUACCAAGCGGUUCAAGCUCAGCACCACCACUAGCAACAACAACAAGACGCACAAAAUUAGGUGACAUUGCAACUGUGGUCAGGAGGAUUAAUCAUCAUCCCAACCCAAGCAUAAAAAUGAUGAAUUGUGUGGUUGCUGGCUUGAAGUUCGGUGGUGGUGGUGUUGGUUGUGGAGGUGGUGGUGGAUGUGGAGGUUUUGAAAGAGGUGGUGGUGGUGGUGUUGGUUGUGGAGGUGGUGGAGGUGAAGGUGGAGUUGGUGGUGGUGGUUGUGGUGGUAGUGGUGGUGGUGGUGGUGGUUGUGGUGGAGGUGGAGGUGAAUGUGGAGUUGGUGGUGGUGGUGGAGUUGGUGGUGGUGGCGAUGGCUGUGGUUGUGGAGGUAGUGAAUGUGGUGGUGUAAAUGGUGGAGUUGGAUGUGGAAGUGGAGGUGGUGUUAUUUUUUAA